UAUGGAAAUAUUAGUCAAACCUUUUCAACAUCAAUACUUCAAUAGUUUUCUUAUAAAAUACAGGAGGCGUCCCUCCACACCAGCAGGGGGCAGUGUGGUGUUUUUAAUAUUAGCCUGUUAGCUUCAAACGGCAUUAUUCGUCUAGACAUACUUGGUAGCAUUGCAUUUGUCUGGGUUUUGCGUUUUUAUUUGCCUUUCCUUUCACCACCGUUCACCUUUGUUGGCCUUAAACCACAACUGGAGCUUAAAGAUGAUGUCGGACACGCAGCUACUGAGACAGAUGGUGAAUGAGCGACUGGCGGCGGCUGCAGAGGAAAUAUUUGGACUGGUUGAAAAAACUAUAGCAGAGUAUCAGGACGAAGUUUUUCGCUGUAGAAGUGAAGUCGUUACACUGAAAAGGCAGAUGGAGCAACUGAGCGUCUUGAAGCCCGAAGUCCAACUGUUGAAAACAGAUGUUCAGGAGUGUGCUUUGGAUCUGCCUGAUCAGAAUCCUACUUUGGAGAGCAGUGACACACCUGACCAUGAGCAGGUCGAAGAGGAGCAGUCGGACCUCUGCUCGAGCUCAGAUCCAGAGGAGCCUGAUGGUUAUGAGGAUUAUCAGGUCCCAUUAAGUGACUCAGAGCUAACCUGUCCAACCAUGUCAUUUAAAGAUGAAGAGAAGUGGAAUGAGAUCGACAACUCAGUUUCCCCCUCCUGUGAUCCCAUCUACAGUGAUAUUCCCUUCACUGCCAAGAAGCCAGUUCAGACAGACCAAAUGAAAAUGAGUCCAAUGCAGAAAAACCAAAACAAGGCAUGCCGCUUAUGCCAUUCUUGUUUUCAAUCAAAUGCUGAACUGAAGAGGCACAUGAAUAGAAGUCAUAUGGGAGAGAAGGCGUAUAAAUGCACUUAUUGUGACAGAGGGUUUGAUCACGAGUACCAGCUGGCUGUUCAUGUGAGAAUUCACACAGGUGAAAAGCCAUAUAGUUGUGAUUUCUGUGGUAAAACAUUUGCUCAGAAUUCAAACCGUAUUGUGCACCUGAGACAGCACACUGGAGAGAGACCUUACUUUUGUAUUAAAUGUAACAAAAGUUUUUCUAGCAGUAAUCAUCUGAGAUGGUGCGGAGUGAGACGAAAGAAAGAGGGAAAGAAAGCUUUUCGCUGUAGGACUUGUGGCAGAACCUUUACCACAGAUUUAGACCUGAAGGUGCACAAGGAGGUACACAAGUCAUGGAAACGGCAUCUCGAAGAAAACCAACAUAAAGCUGUCUGAAACAAUGUGAGAACCCUAUGUGAUACCAAAAGUUUGCUGUACGGAGUUAAUUUAGUUUUAAUAAAGGAGAGAUUUAUCUUAUUUGUGGUUUUUAAUCAUUAUAUAAAACCAAGGAAGGCAACAAAGGUAAAGAAUUACACUAGAUAGAUAGAUAGAUAGAUAGAUAGAUAGAUAGAUAGAUAGAUAGAUAGAUAGAUAGAUAGAUAGAUAGAUAGAUAGAUAGAUAGAUAGAUAGAUAGAUAGAGUGUGGCCGUUAGUGUCUUCUGCAUUUUUACAAUGUCAGGUUCGUUGAAUAUAUGGCCCAAUAAGUCUGGGGUCACUGUCAAAAUUGAUUGUAAAUGAAUCUUCAAACUAGGGCUGAUAAUAGAAUGACAAUGAUAGUCAUUGUGAAAUAAUGAUCUUUAAUAUCUAUAAAACAAAUGUUUUAUUUUUCUGUGAUAACAUUUUACCCAGAAGGCUAAUCUUUAACAUGCACGUUUCAGACCAGUAGACAGUGGCAACAUGUUAUUGUGUCGUCUAGUUUGAUUCUUACAGAAGUGCAUUGUAUUGUUUACAGGAACAGGGGCUGACUGGCUUUUUCUACCUCAGAUUACAGAAAUGUUCUUCUGUUUGUCAUGUUCUGCCAAUAAAGAGCAGUUUUGUAUCUUUAA